CCUCCAUGGCGAGCUCGCGGGUUGCGAGGCUCCCGCCCCGCUUUCCUGUGUACCUAGGUUUUAAUUUGCGAGGACCAGGCUGUGAUUGUUCCUUUCCCUCUUUCUACCGUAUUCUCGAGAUUUGAUUGAAGUUGUGAAGAAUAUUUACCACGAAAGAGAUCGAUCAUCAGCCAAAAUGAGCGGCCCUGGCGUUGGAUUCGAGUACCCUCCCAUCCCCGUGUCGUGGUUGAAGAGGGACGUAUUGCUCUUUGCGGCGAGCAUUGGGGUUACGGAGGAGGAGUUGCAUUUCCUCUAUGAACUCCACCCCAACUUCCAACCCUUCCCAACCUACCCCAUCAUCCUCCCCUUCAAGCACACGGACCAAGAAGUCAUCGACUUCUACGCCCGCAGCUCCGCCGUCCCCAUCCCCGGCGUCCCCAAAUUCGACACCAAGCACGUCCUCGACGGCGAGCGCAAGAUCCAGUUCCUCAAACCCAUCCCCCCGACCUCCGCGGGCCGCUCCUUCGAGAUCCGCAGCAAAGUCCUGGGCGUCUACGACAAGGGCAAACCGGGCACCGUCGUCGAGACGGAGCAAUGCCUCGUCGACAAGGAGACGGGCGAGGUGUACACGCGCGCGGUAGGUAGCGGGUUCUACGUCGGGCAGGGCAACUGGGGCGGUCCCAAGGGCCCCAAGACGCAGAAUUACCCGCCGCCCAAGGACAGGAAGCCCGACGCGUCGCAAGAGACGCAGACGACGGGCACGACGGCGCUGCUGUACCGCCUCAAUGGCGAUUACAACCCGCUGCACGCGGGGCCCGAACCCGGUAAGCAGAUGGGUUUCGGGGGCCCCAUCAUCCACGGCUUGUUCAGCUGGAAUACCGCCGCGCAUGCUGUCUUGCAGCACUUUGGAGGUAGCGAUCCGAGGAAUCUGAAGGAGUUCCAGGCGCGGUUCGCGAGCCCCGUUAUCCCUGGUGUGAAGCUUAUUACCGAUAUAUGGAGGACGGGGGAGAAGGUGGGGAGUGAGGGGUUUGAGGAGAUUCGGUUUAUCGUCAGGGUCGAGGGCGGGAAGACGGUGUUGACGAAUGGACGGGCGGUGGUGAGGGUCGUGGGGGAGAAGAGUAAGUUGUAGAUAGCAGGGAGGGAAGGGGUGUGGAAUGAUACAAUGAUACUCUAUUAUCAUUAUGGAUGUAUCUUUGGCUGAAGGCGUUCGUUGGAUCGCAGAGGAGCCCAGAGCUAUGUUGCUGAACUGACCGGCUGUCAGAGAUCUGGGGUACAUCAUCGAAAGCAGCAAUAAACAAGUAAGAUUGAGUUACGUACCAUGGUCAAUCUUGAUGUCUCAUCGAGAGCCGACAAAUACCCAUGC